AGUAGAAAAAGAAGUGAUGAGAUGUUUGAGAGCCACAUGUUCCCGCGAGAAUCAACAAAAUCAGAAAGUAUGGUUCCAGCUGCUCCUCUGAUUUCCAUUGAAAUGGCAACUGCAAUUCCAAUCCUCCGAUUCCGGCAGCGGCUUCCAUGCUUCAGCCCGCCGGCAACGCGGCUUUACUUGUGCCGGAAAACUGCGGUGGUUAUGCGUUCUCAGCAACAAGUGGAGUCCAAAGCAGCAUUCACAGACGAAGAAAACGCACUUAUUAAUGCCUUGAUCGGCGUCCAAGGCCGAGGCCGCUCCAUCUCCUCCUCGCAACUCCAAGAAGUUGAAAGGGCAGUAGAGAAAUUGGAAGAUGUAAAGGGCGUUCCAGAACCAACAGGUUCAACCUUAAUUGAAGGCCGUUGGCAGUUAAUGUUCACAACACGGCCACCAACAGCUUCUCCCAUUCAGAGAAGCUUUGUGGGGGUUGAUUCGUUCAGUGUAUUUCAGGAGAUAUAUCUUCAAACCGACGAUCCACGUGUCUCCAAUAUUAUAAAUUUUUCUGAUACAAUUGGCGACUUGAAAGUAGAGGCAUCAGCUUCAGCCAAAGAUGGGAAACGGAUCCUCUUCCAGUUUGACAGAGCUGCCUUUUCCUUUAAAUUUCUUCCCUUCAAAGUCCCCUACCCUGUACCGUUUAGACUUCUUGGAGAUGAAGCAAAGGGCUGGUUGGAUACCACUUACUUGUCCCAAUCAGGAAAUAUCCGUAUAUCACGUGGGAACAAGGGAACAACGUUUGUGCUGCAAAAACAAACUGAAGAAAGACAGAGGUUGUUAUCAGCCAUUUCAAGGGGUGGUCCACAAGUGAGACAGGCCAUUGAUAAGUUUGUCACUGUAAAUCAAAGCACUACUAAAGGUGAAUUUGAACUUCUUGAAGGCGAGUGGCUGAUGAUAUGGAGUUCACAGGAAGUAACCGAGAGUUGGAUAGAGAAUGCUUCAAAAGGUUUGAUGGGCAAGCAGAUCAUCAAGCCAAAUGGUCAGAUGAAAUUUCUGGUUGAUAUUCUGUUUGGUCUCAGAUUUUCAAUGACCGGAAAAUACGUGAAAUCCGGGUUCAACGCGUAUGAUGUGGUGAUGGAUGAUGCAGCAAUAGUGGCUGGUCCGUAUGGCAUACCGGCAGAAAUGGAAACCAAGUACACGCUUCAACUUCUAUAUGGUGAUGAAAAGAUCAGAAUUAGUCGCGGCUACGCUGACAUUCUUUUCGUGCACAUCCGCCUUCACAAAUAGAGCAUCAGAUUAUAAGAAUCACAAAAAAGAGUCAUGCGUUGUUGUUCUUGAAUUGCGAAACAACUGUGUAUUAGCAUAAAACUGGAUUAUGUUUAAUAAGCCCUAUAGCUUUUUAUCAGCA